AGUAAACUCAACUCACCAGCAAGAGGACAGUGGUAGGAGACGGACGUGCUUACCUUCUCGUACACCUCGAAGGACGUGAGAUCGGAGACAUGGGGAUCCUUCUCUGCUGCUGGUUGAAGGAAGUACUGCCUGACGGUGGGAGAAGUACACCAGCAUGGGACGCAUCAUCCCAGGCACACGCUUCAUCUCGUUCAAGGUUCCUCUGCGGCAGGAAAUCAUGCAGAAGGUGAAGAAUGCUGAGUGGUUCUGCCCCCGCACGGUGAUGGACCACUGCCACAACCUGGGCCUCGUCAUCGACCUUACUGACACCUUCCGCUACUACCAUCCUGAGGACUUCGAGAGCCGAGGCGUGACGCACUGCAAGAUCCGCGUCAGGGGCAAAUUGAUCCCGGAGGAGAAGGCCGUGCAAAAAUUCUUCCAGGCAGUGAACAAGUUUUUGGAGAAGAACAAAGAAAAUGACAAGGUGAUCGGCGUCCACUGCACCCACGGCAUCAAUCGCAGCGGCUACCUGGUCUGUAGGUACAUGAUACAAGUGUUGGGCAUCCCCCCUGACCAGGCCAUAGCAGACUUCAACAGUGCGCGGGGCCACGAACAGGAGCGCGAGAACUACUUGGCCGACCUCCGCCAGGCACCUUGGAUGGAUGAGGCAGUGGUCAGGUUUUCCAGGAGCAACUCAAAGGCCAGCAAUGCCUCCGAGUACUCCACUAAUCCCCUAGACGCCUCCACAGCCUCCUCCCUGGACACCACCCUCAACAGCACCCUGGACACCACCAACAACACCUCCCUGGACACCACCGCCAGUGAAGUGGAGUCCCCCGGCGGUUCCAUGGGUGUCGCCAGUGGACGGUCCUGGAAUAUUCCUCUUAUGAAGUAUCCCGGCACACCAGAAGACGAGAGCAAGCCGAUGCCGCCCUUGCGGAGGUGGAGCCCCGUGGAGGAGCGGCAGUCCAAGAGGUCGUCGAGGCGGACAAGGCGCUACAACCCUGUGGACCACCCCUCCGAGGAGCGCCCUGCCAGGCGCCACAAGGAGCGCUACUCUGCGUACGGGGCUCGCGAUUACUAUGACCAGAUCUACCAGGGCCGCAUCGCUCCGCAGUACGACAGUCACUUCUACCAGCACCGGGGCUCAGGCGUAGGCCCGCACCGCCCGCUGCCCCGCUACCAGAGGCAGCAGCAACAGCAACAGCAGCAGCCGGGACCCUCCAACGCUCUGCGCCAGUACCGAGGGCCACGCCCCUACCGCAGCCCGCCCGCUGCCGAAAGUAACACCUAUUCAAACACCAACACCAACACCAACACCAACACCCCAGCCCGGGAGGAGGCCCCUGAGUAUUACAGGACUCCUGACGCGUCGAGGACCCCGCGGCUCAGGUCUCACGGACCGCUGCGCAACCCGCUGAGUCCAGGCCUCCGCGAGGAUGUGUUCAGCCCCGUGUCGCGCCGCCGCUCCGCCAGGAUGACCCCGUACUAAGCCCGCCAUGCCGCCAGGCAUUCGGGCAGCUCUUCGCCUGGCAGGCGUCAGGGAGAGGAGACGGCGAGGAUAUUGUGGUGGUAAUGUAUGGCAUUUGUGUUGUCAGGAUGAACAGAGGCGGUGGGUGAGUCAGGGCCUCACCGUCACUCACGCCUCGCUCACCCAGACUUCCAUGGCAGCAUUGUUGGCGUGACUGGUGCCACAAGUCACAUGCACCAGUAUAAACGAUGUUGUGCAGCUGUAAACGAGUCAUUCGCACACACCAUGGCCACUUACACUAUUCUAAACAGUGAGUACACUCGAGUAGACACUGGACUUGUUGUAUCUUGCUCUUCACACUGUCUUUUGGAGAGGAUGGGGAAUUGCCUUCCAAUGAUAGCGGUGGCCUUCUUAGUCUGUCUGUUUGAUAUGAUUCCUUGCCUUUCAUUAACACUUGACACGAGACGCUUGCUUGUCCAGUCCUUGGGUGUUUGCUAAGUCUUAAGGUAAGUGCGUGAAGGAAGCAUGUUCGUAGCGUGGCGUGGCGUAUGCUGUAAAGUAGGUGUGGAAUGGCUAACAUUGACUUGUUUCUCUAAGUAACUGAAUUAUUGCCGUCUAUAUUGAAAUUUCCUCUUGACGUUGUUCAAAAUCGGUGAAGACAAUGACAGCGACAGACAAUCAUUGGGCGAGACAGUGACUGCUGAGCUUCCAUUGUUUCAGUCUUUGCUUGAAUUUUAUUUCGUGUUUUUCUGAUUUAUCCGAGAAUUAACAAUUUGAUGUGUCCAUUCAGGCGUCGGGGCUCCAAGCUCAAGAACAAGUUAUGGUGAUAAUAAUAGUAAUAAUGCCUUAACUUGAUAAUAAUAGUAAUAAUGAAAGUGACUGUCAAUUAUGAUAAUAAUAAUGGUACUAGUGGUUAAUAAUUUUUAAUUUUAAUAUAUUGAAGAAAUAAAUUUUAAAUCGAAUAUGUAUUACUCA